UCGUGGAUGUCCAGGGUGUUCAGAACAAGAAAGUAGCACUGCCGUGUGAUAUCGAGCCACGCAACAAGGAGGACCAGGUUUACAUGGUGCUCUGGUUCAAAGAGGCAGACGGCGAACCUCUGUACAGCUUCGACGUGCGCGGCCGCGAAUACGGUCAGGCCAAGACGUGGUCGGCGCCGCGUGCGUUCGGCUCGCGGGCCUUCUUCCGCACGGCGACGACGCCGGCGCAGCUGCUCGUCGACGACCUGGCGCUCUCUGACGAGGGCGUCUACCGUUGCCGCGUCGACUUCCGCGACUCGCCGACGAGGAACCUCAAGAUCAACCUCACCGUCAUCAUUCCGCCCCAUGGGAUCGUCAUUUACGACGACAAGAGACGCGACCGCAGCCAGGUGAAGGAGGCAUACAACGAGGGCGCCGUUGUCAACCUCAUCUGCGAAGUCUCUGGCGGCCGCCCGAUGCCGCGAGUCACGUGGUUCCUGGAGAACACGGUGAUCGACGACUCGUUCGAGCAGCGGCCGGCUGACGGCCUCACCGUGAACCACCUGACGUUCCCCAACAUCGGCCGCCAGCACCUGCACUCCCGUCUCAUCUGCCAGGCGUCCAACACCAACAUGGCACCGCCUGUCACCAAAUUGGUCGUCCUCGACAUCAACCUUAAGCCAGUUUCGGUGAACAUACUGACGAGGGAGAAAGCUGUGUCUGCUGACCGUAGGUACGAGGUCGAAUGCAAGUCUUCAGGGUCGCGACCUGAGGCCAUCAUAACCUGGUGGAAGGGUAGCCGCCAGAUCAAGCGACACAAUAAGAACUUCUCGGAGGAUAGCGGGGCGAGCCGGAGCAUCCUCACGUUCAUCCCGGUCAUCGAUGACGACGGCAAGUACCUGACGUGCCGGGCCGAGAACCCCUACAUCCAGGACAGUGCCUUAGAAGACAAGUGGCGGCUCAACGUACACUACAUGCCAGUUGUAACGCUCAAGAUGGGGUCCAGUCUCAAUCCAGAUGACAUCAAAGAAGGAGACGACGUAUACUUCGAGUGCAAUAUUCGCGCCAACCCUAAAGCUUACCGGCUCGCCUGGUUCCACAAUGGCCGCGAGAUGCACCACAACGUGACGGCGGGCAUAAUCCUGAGCGACCAGUCCCUGGUGCUUCAGGGAGUGACGCGGCUCAGCGCCGGCGACUACACCUGUCUGGCCGCCAACACCGAGGGCAAGGGCACCAGCAACCCGGUCACGCUACGCGUCAUGUACGCGCCGACGUGCCGCGACGAGCGCGAGCAGCUGCUGGGCGCGCUGAAGCACGAGACGGUGGCGCUGCGCUGCGAGGUGGACGCCAGCCCGGCGCCGCUCGCCUUCCACUGGACCUUCAACAACUCGGGCGAGCUGGCCGAGGUGCCGCCGGCGCGCUACACCAGCCUCGGCGCCAUCUCCUCCCUCAACUACACCCCCGUCUCCGAUAUGGACUACGGCACGCUUGCCUGCUGGGCCACCAACGCGGUCGGCAACCAGCGGGCGCCGUGCGUCUUCCAGGUAGUGGCCGCAGGGCGACCGUUCCCGCUGGUGAACUGCACCGUGGUGAACCAGACGUCGGACUCUCUGCACGUGGAGUGCCUGGAGAGCUUCGACGGCGGGCUGCCGCAGAGCUUCCUCAUGGAGGUGCUGGAGCUGCCGCAGCUGCAGCUGCGCCGCAACGCGACGGCGGGCCGCGCGCCGCCCGCCUUCGACGUCUUCGGCUUGGAGGCGGGCGCCAGCUACCAGGUGCGCCUGUACGCCGUCAACGCCAAGGGCCGCAGCGAGGCCUACGUCAUCGACGCCGUCACGUUCAAGGGCGUCGCCAAGUUCACAGGGCCGUCGUCUGCGGCGCCGAUGAACCCCGUCCUGACGGCGCUGGUGGCCACGGCGGCCGCGCUGCUCGCCGUCGUCUGCGCCGUCAUCGUCGCCCUGUACCGCCGCCACCGGCACCGCCGCCAGCCGCGACACGACAAGCGUGGGCCCCCAGGGGCCAGCGGGGGUGCGGUGUCGACCCGGUCGUCGCUAGACGCGCUGCAGGAGGCGCACCUGGCUACGGCGCCACUCACGCCGGGCAUCGGACAGCCGGCCGGCGCGCUCGCCCAGGAGGACACCGACCCGGACCUCAUCCCCAACAAGUACGAAAGACGGCCGAUCAAGGGCUUCAUGAAGAUGUACAAGACGCCUCCGCAACGACGACGGAAAAAGAGCGUCAGUGGAGCGUGCGACGGCGGGGACGACGACGACGACGACGGCGACGGCUGCUGUACGGAGGCAGUCCUCGUGGGGACUGUGUCAGCGGGCACUGGCCUGGGGGGCGCGCAGCACCGCGGCGGGGGCGGGGGCGGGGGCGGAACCCUACACAGGCUUCUCGCCUGCAAGGAUGCGACCGCCCUCGCGAACUGCAACAGCGUGUCUCCCGGCCUGCGCUCGGCGGCGACGUCUCCGUCGGGCGGCGCCGCAACGCUGCCGCCGCUGCUGUCCGGACCCGAAGUCGUCACGGCGUCGCACCGCAUCCAGGAGAGCUGUAUAUAGCCACGUCACACACAAUCACACACACUGCCCGCUCAUCCGAAUCAAUACUCUUUAUAUUGUAAAUACCAAGACUAAUAAAAGCAUUAAU